AUGGAGGAGGUCACUCACGUCUUCUACUCACAUCUCUUCGACAGCGUACAAUUGCCUCCUCACCAUCUGAGGGAAGAUGGACAUGUCAUUCCAGAGGUCCUCCCUUCCGAAGUCCUACAUCCCAUCAUGUCAGUGAAGAAUCGCACUUCUCCCGGUCCCGACAGAAUCAAGCCCGAACAUCUGAAGUACCUACAGCCAGUUCUCAUCAGCACACUGGCGAGGCUCUUCACUCGUUGUCUCUCGGAAUGCAAGGUUCUUAAGAAAUGGAAAACCAGCAAGACCGUGCUGUUGUAUGAGAAGGGAGACCCACAAGACAUCGGCAACUAUGGCUCAAUCUGCUUACUGUCCGUCAUCUACAAGCUCUUUACAAGAGUGAUCCUUAAUGGGAUUGAAAAAGUCUUGGAUGAAGGACAGCCAUGCGGGCAAGCUGGGUUUCCAUGA